AUGGGAGACUCGAAAUUUUGCGGCCACAGUAAUUAUGAGCUAGUCUGCAUAGAUAACCGCACCAUUCUGGAUUUUAACUCGAGCAAGUACUUUGUACACAACAUCGACUACACCAACCGAACAAUUAGGGUCGCUGAUGUCAAGCUGCAAAAGGGCAAUUGCUCAUCCCUUCCUCUCCAGUCUUUAUUGGGCUAUGAAUGGCCCAUGUAUUAUUCUUAUAGAUCCAAGGCUGUUUCGAUCGUGAGUUGUGUGAAGGCCGUCGAUUUUCCAUUUUACAUUGAUGCUUCAUCAUGCCUUGAUGGGCUUCCAUUACUUAAUAUCUUUGGUGCGAGAAGGCGAGUGUAUGCCUUGGUCAAUGCAAAUGUCUCAUCUAUGGAAACCGCAUGCACUAUAGAGUUUUUGGUAAUGCUGCCACAGUGGGUUGAUGAAUAUGAUCUUCGUUCCUAUAAGCAAAUUCAUGAACGUAUGGUUUAUGGAUUCGAGCUUUCAUGGCAGUAUCUUGAGGACACCAAGAUAGGAAUUCGUAUCUUUAUCGACGUCCUUCUCCUCAUCAGCUCGCAAAUAUUACCGCCCUAUUCCAUCGACAUCAAGAAAAUCACAGGGGGUCUUAAGGACAAACUCGGUGAGGGAGGAUAUGGUACUGUGUUUAAAGGAAGACUCCGGAGCGGCCGCGAAGUGGCGGUCAAGAUUCUCAAGAAGGGAAAAACAAACGGGCAGGACUUCAUCAGCGAAGUGGCUACCAUUGGAAGAAUUUACCAUGUUAAUGUGGUUGGACUCAUUGGUUAUUGUUUCGAGGGCUCCAAACAAGCUCUUGUCUAUGAUUUCAUGCAUAAUGGGUCUCUAGAUAAGCACAUAUUCUCACGAGUAGAAGGAACUACUCUUGAUUACAAAGAAGUGCACAAGAUUGCUCUUGGAAUAGUUAGAGGGAUUGAAUAUUUUCAUCGAGGAUGCGACGUGCAAAUUCUACACUUCGAUAUUAAGCCUCACAACAUUCUUCUUGAUAGGGAUUUCACCCCAAAAGUUUCCGACUUUGGGCUUGCAAGAUUGUAUCCCACGAACUAUAAUACCGUGGCUCUAACAGCAGCGAGAGGAACCUUGGGAUAUAUGGCUCCAGAGCUGGUCUACAAAGACAUUGGGGGCAUCUCUUAUAAAGCUGAUGUCUAUAGUUUUGGCAAAUUGUUGAUGGAAAUGGCCAGUGGGAGAAAGAAUACAGACACAGUUACAGAGUGUUCCAGUCAAACUUACUUUCCUUUAUGGGUUCAUGACCAACUUAGUAAGGGAUUGGACAUCCCACUGGAACAAGUUAUUGAUGAGGAUAGGAUAAUAGUAAAAAAGAUGAUAAUAGUUGCUUUUUGGUGCAUACAAUGGAAUCCUAGCGAUCGCCCUUCAAUGCGCAAAAUCUUGGAAAUGCUGGAAAGGGAACAAGAUGAUCUACAAAUUCCUCCCAAGCUACUCUUUUAUCCAUCAGAAAUGUCGACAAGGGAUGGCGGAACUUGGAUUGAUGAAGGCAAUGAUACUAUAUCCACUUCAUCAAUUAUCACAAUAACUCGUGAAGAUUCUCAUCUUGAGUAUAUUAGUACUAGCAUUACACAAGCACCGGUUGCUAAAGAUUGCUAUCCCGACCAGACCUUGGUGCCAUUGUUCCUAUCGGAAGAUGACGUAAAGCAGAUUGAAUCGGAACAAAUGACGAAAGAAGCAGAGGAGAAGAAUAAUAAUAAUAAUAAUAAUAAUAAUAAUAAUAAUAAUAAUAAUAAUAAUAAUAAUAAUUGUGGUAUACUGGAGGACGUCAAGAAGAAGAGUGAACUGACAGGCUUGCCAUUUUAUAAGCUUUUGAAGUAUGCAGACGCACUUGAUUGGAUUUUAAUGGCUCUAGGGACGCUAGGAUCUGUCGUCCAUGGGAUGGCUCAACCAGUUGGAUAUUUGUUGCUCGGCAAAGCACUCGAUGCUUUCGGAAGUCAUAUCGACAACAAAGAUGACACGGUUCAUGCUCUGAAAAAGGUUGUUCCAUACGUGUGGUACAUGGCCUUUUCAACCUUCCCUGCUGGAAUCCUAGAGAUUGGAUGCUGGAUGUACGCGAGCGAAAGACAAACAGCACGGAUCAGAUUAGAAUUCCUGAGAUCGGUCCUCAGACAGGAGAUUGGAGCUUUUGAUACUGAAUUGUCGAGUGGAAAAAUCAUUGCGGGAAUAAGUACUCACAUGAGCGUAAUCCAGGAUGCUAUCGGAGAGAAGCUGGGGCAUUUCCUUUCGUGCUUCGCCACAUUCUUUUCUGGAGUCUUGAUUGCCUUCAUUUGCAGUUGGGAAGUUUCACUGGUCACCUUGUUUGUCGUUCCCUUUAUUCUACUGAUUGGAGCCACCUACACCAAGAAAAUGAAUGCCAUCUCAGCUGCCAAAAUGAUUUACCUAUCCGAAGCUACUACUGUUGUGGAACAGACCAUAUCUCAUAUAAAAACGGUCUUUGCAUUUGUCAGAGAGGAUCGCGCAAUCAAGUCAUUCUCAGCCUGCAUGGACAAGCAGUCUGUCAUCAGCAGAGGAGAGGCACUGAUUAAGGGAGUUGGAACAGGAAUGUUUCAAGCAGUGACCAACUCCUCGUGGGCACUAAUCAUAUGGAUCGGAGCAAUCGUGGUCACUGCCGGAAGAUCUAGUGGAGGGAACGUCAUAGCAGCGGUCAUGAGCAUCCUCUUUGGAGCUAUCUCAAUCACUUAUGCUGCCCCAGACAUGCAAGUAUUUAACCAAGCAAAAGCAGCAGGAAAUGAAGUUUUCAAGGUGAUCCGGAGACAACCAACUAUUAGCAACGCUUCAGGGGGGAUCGUAUUGAAGGAAAUCGAGGGAAACAUUGACAUAAGGAACAUUCACUUUUCUUACCCAUCCCGAGAAGAUAAGGUGAUUCUUCAAGGUUUUACGCUGUCAAUUCCAGCAGGAAAGACGGUGGCGUUAGUUGGUAGCAAUGGGUGUGGGAAAAGCACAGUCAUAUCCCUAGUUGCAAGAUUCUACGAUCCAUCGAAAGGGGUCAUUCUCAUAGAUAACCAUAACAUCAAGGGUCUUGAUUUGAAGUGCCUCCGCCAAAAUAUUGGAGCAGUUUCCCAAGAACCAUCACUGUUUGCUGGCACUAUCAAGGACAACCUUAAAGUAGGAAAUUUGGAUGCAGAUGACCAACAAAUAGAGAAUGCAGCAAUGAUGGCAAAUGCACAUAAUUUCAUUUCACAGCUUCCAGAUAAGUACUCGACUGAGGUGGGGCAGAGGGGCUUCCAGCUGUCAGGGGGACAAAAACAAAGAAUUGCAAUAGCCAGAGCUGUUCUCAAGAAUCCUCCAAUACUUCUGCUGGAUGAGGCUACAAGUGCUCUUGAUUCGCAAUCUGAGAAGCUGGUUCAAAAGGCAUUGGAGAAGGCCAUGCAGGGAAGAACGGUGAUCUUGAUUGCACACAGAUUGUCAACCAUCGUUAAUGCAGAUGAAAUUGCAGUCGUAGAGAAUGGACAGGUUAAGGAGACAGGAACGCACAGCACCCUAUUGGAUACCAGCAAAUUUUACAACAGCUUAUUCAACAUGCAGAACAUCAGAGUUGUUCGUGAUAAAAGAAUUGAUAUACCUUCACAGGAUUCAGAAAUUGACCAACCCCAUGGCUCACCUCAAAGCAGAGGUUUAAGUGAAAAACGUGCAGAGAUAGAAGAAAGCCUCAGGGAAGACCCUGAGCAAGAGGAGCAUGAGAAAAGAUUAGAAGCAGUCCACUUCUUUAGAAUCUGGUUUGGGUUGAGGAGGACGGAACUUGUCAAGAUAGCCAUCGGCUCCAUUGCAGCCGGUUUCUCUGGAAUCUCAAAGCCUGUUUUUGGGUUCUUCAUCAUAACAAUAGGUGUAGCAUAUUACCAUAAACAUGCAAAGCGGGAAGUUGGAUGGUUCUCACCGCCGCCGCCGCCGCCGCCGGCCUCCCCGGGGACCCAGGUGGCGGCGUGCUGGUUCGCGGGGUGCUUCCGCGGCUCCACUGGCGUCCCCUCCGAUUCACCUCCGCCGCCCAUCGCCUUCUUCGCCGUCGUCUUCGUCUUCGAUCGGGACUGCGAUUCGAGGAACUUAUCGCACGAGAAAAGAGAGUGGAGAUGGGAAUCUAGAAAACGGCAGAAAAAUCUAGAUCGCGGGAGAGAACGGUAA